AUGGAAGCGAUGAAGGACAGGGGGCUGCCAGAGCGAGCGCCCGAGCUUCCCAGCUUCUCGCCCUGCGCUGCGCGCCCCCGCGCGUCUCCCGGUCCCCUCCCCGCUCCGCCGCUGCGCGUGCCCGCGCCCGGGGCUGACUCUCCUCGCAUCCUCCUCCGGCGGCGGCGACGGCGGCAGCGCCGGGGAUGGGCAGCGAGAGCGCGCCCAGGAGCAGCCCGGGCCCCGCCGCUCGCCCCUGCUCCCGCGCCCGCUGCUGCUCCUGCCCCGCAGCCCCCCGCGCACCGGGGGCAGCGCCGCCGCCGCGCCAUCCGCAGCCCCCGCCUCGGACGGAUAUUUACCCAUUCUGCAAUCUGUCUCAUGAAGCUGCUGUAUUCUAGGAUGCAUCACAGAUGGAAGAUUUUGUCUCCACAGCCACAAUGUACUGAGCAAAUUAUGACAUCGACAUCUAAAGGUUUUUUUUUUUUUUUUUUUAUUAUCUUCAUUAUCCUUGGUUGUUUCAUUUUUUUUUUUUUUUUUUAUAUCAAACCAACAAAUAGCUGGAUCUCUGGUCCUAUAGAAUCAGCCAGUUCAGUGUUGAAAAUGAAGAACUUCUUUUCUUCCAAAACUGAUAAUCUCAAUGAAACUACUGUUUUGAUCUGGGUUUGGCCGUUUGGUCAGACAUUUGAUCUAACAUCCUGCCAAACGAUGUUCAACAUCCCCGGGUGCCAUCUGACUAUUGACCGCUCGCUAUAUAACAGAUCCCACGCUGUCCUCAUUCAUCACAGAGACAUUAGCUGGGAUCUGGCUAAUUUACCUCAGCAAGCCAGGCCACCAUUCCAGAAGUGGAUUUGGAUGAACUUGGAGUCUCCAACUCAUACUCCACAAAAGAGUGGCAUUGAACACCUUUUUAACCUGACCCUGACUUACCGGCGUGAUUCAGAUAUCCAGGUGCCUUAUGGCUUCAUGAUGGUUGGCACCAGUUCCUUCACAUUUGAAGUACCAAGUAAGGAAAACUUGGUCUGUUGGGUUGUGAGUAACUGGAACCCUGAGCACGCUCGAGUCAAGUAUUACAAUGAGCUUAGCAAAUACAUUGAAAUCCACACCUAUGGACAAGCCUUCGGAGACUACGUCAAUGACAAGAACUUGAUUCCAACUAUCUCCACCUGCAAAUUCUACCUUUCCUUUGAAAAUUCAAUCCACAAAGAUUACAUUACUGAGAAACUCUACAAUGCUCUUCUGGCUGGAUCAGUACCAGUUGUACUGGGCCCUUCCAGAGAAAAUUAUGAAAAUUACAUUCCAGCAGACUCUUUCAUACAUGUGGAAGAUUUUCUCUCCCCCAGAGAGCUGGCAGAAUAUCUUCUGAUGCUUGACAAAAAUAAUAAGAUGUAUCUUAGUUAUUUCAACUGGAAGAAGGAUUUUUCAGUGCAUCUUCCUAGGUUCUGGGAAUCACAUGCAUGUCUUGCUUGUGAUCAUGUGAAAAGACAUCAGGAAUACAAGUCCAUUGGAAAUUUAGAAAAAUGGUUUUGGAAUUAAUUUGGGGGGGGGGGGGGGGGGGGGGCAGGGAGGGGGGGAGGGCAGGUGUGGGUGUGUGCGUGUGUGUGCAUUUUUUUGAAGAAGCCAGAAAGGACUUCAGUCCAAGUGGAGAGGAAAGGAAAAGAGAAAAAAAGGAAGGAAAAGAGAAUCUCAUGUCAUGGUUUAUAAGUUAUUAUCUCUUGGCUAUCCUAUUUAUAUUUUGUAAGAGAUUUUAAAAGAUCAGCAGCAGUCAUCAGUACCCAGUUUCAAAUUAUAAUACAGAUACUAAUUAUGUGCACUGAAAAGUAUUUGAUUGCUUAUUAUAAAUUUCAAACAAAAUUUUCCACAUUUUCUGUGAAACAUGUCCCAGUCUUACACUUGAAGUAGUCAUUUUUAGCAUUUUUUUAACAUUAUCUUUGUUGUUUAAGCUAUUUGGAAAAAAAGAAAAUUUUAAGAACAUAGUUUGUUGUUCCAGACAGACGUGUGUAAUACUUCAAAAGACAGUAAAGUUUCAUAUGUUCAUCUUGCA